AUGCGGGGUACAUAUAAGAACGGUCAAGAGACUCCUCCCACCGCAACCACCAUCUCCGUUGUCAACCCCGCAACAGAGGAAGCCCUCGCAACGAUCAACGCAACACCCUCCGAAGCCGUCGACGAGAUCAUAACCGCCUCCUGGAAGACCUUCCACUCGGGCGUCUGGUCCCGAAAAGAUCCCAGCGACAGAUUUGCCGUUUUGUCUAGAGCUUCUACUCUCCUCCGCGGCCGCAUCAAUGACUUCGUUGCCCUCGAAACCGUCCAAACCGGCCGUCCCAUUCGCGAAAUGCGUACCCAACUGGCCCGCGUGCCUGAGUGGCUCGACUACUUUGCGUCUCUCGCUCGCGUCCACGAAGGCCGUGUGACCCCAUUCAAGGGCGCCGUCACAAACACCCUUACCCGCAUCCCGCUCGGCGUCGUCGUCCUGAUAACGCCCUACAACCACCCGCUGCUUAUCGCAAUGAAGAAGAUCGCUGCCGCGCUCGCGGCAGGCAACGUAGUAAUUGUCAAGCCGUCUGAGCUCGCACCGCUCUCCGUCUUGAAGCUUGGUGCUCUAUUCAAGGAGGCUGGCUUACCCGACGGCGUGCUGCAGAUUGUAUCCGGGUACGGACGAGAAACCGGAAAGUACCUCUGCGAGCACCCUAAGAUCUCGAAAAUUGACCUUACCGGCGGAAUCGCCACAUACAGAGCCAUUGCCCCCGUCGCAGCAAUGAACAUGAUCCCCAUCACCGCCGAGCUGGGCGGCAAGGCCCCAGUGUGUAUAUUCCCGAGUACGGACGUCGAAACAGCAGUCAAGGCCGCUUUAUUCGCGGGGUUCAUCGCCAGUGGCCAGACCUGCGUCACUGGAAGCCGGAUCCUCGUGCACAAAGACAUCUACGACUCUUUCAGGUCACUACUUGAGAAGCGGGUUCGCGCCCUCCGAGUCGGUGACCCCACCGACGAGAAGACCCAGAUCGGCUCCGUCAUUUCCGCAGCCGCCAUCGAGCGCUGCGAGGCCUUCGUCUCGCGCGCCACAGCUGAAGGGGGGACUAUACUCUGUGGCGGGACAAGACUUACGCCAACGCCAGAGAAGAAAGGCUAUUUCUUCGCCCCAACAGUCAUCGAAACGGCCUCCACCUCCGACCUAGCCAACAAUGAGGUCUUUGGGCCCGUCCUCGCGCUCAUAAAAUGCUCAGAUGAGGAUGAGAUCGUCCGAAUCGCAAACGGGACAUCGUAUGCGCUUGGGGCGUCGGUGUGGAGCAACGACUUUACGCAAGCGCAUAGUGUCGCGGAUAAGAUCGAGGCUGGAAUUGUCUGGAUCAAUGGGCAUCAUCUGAAUGACCCUUCUUCGCCGUGGGGUGGGUUUAAGGAGAGUGGUGUUGGCAAGGAGAAUGGCGUCGAGGCAUACGAGAGCUAUACGAAGGUCAAGAGCACGGUUAUGAACUACGGAGUCAAGCCGGUUUGGUUUGAUGAUGAGGUCGCAGAUGCGCGAUAUGGGUAG